GUCAAACACUGACGACGACGGCGGUCGCCGUAGAGGAAGGGUGAAGGGACGCAGCCUCCCCCCGCCGCCCAGCGGGGCGCGGGGCGCAGCGCCCCGCCGAGAGCCGCCGGGGGCCGAGGGAACGGCCGGGCAGCGGCCGCGGGGACGCUGCGGCAGCCCGACGCCAGGGGGCGGCCCGCGCCCCGCCGCCGCCGCGGCCGCCGGAUGGCGGUGACCGCCCGGCGAGCCGCUGCGGCCGGUGGGGAGGGGGGGGCGGGCGGGGACCGGCGCGGAUCGCCCGCGGGCCGCCGGCCGAGGCGGAAGGGAAGGCCGGGGAGGAGAGCGGACGGACGGCGGCAUGGGACCCGCCGGGCGGCGCGUCCGCCGCGCGGCGGCCGGGGAGCGGAGGAUGGGGCCGCGGCGGUGCGCCCCGAAGGGCGCGGGGUUUGGCCGCCCUGUGGUAACUACCGCCGGGGCGGGCGGGGGCGAGGGGCCGGGGCGGGCGCCGCCGCCGGGUGUCACGCGCGGCGCCGUGUGCGCGGUGCGGGGGGUUUAAACGUGAGCGGUGGCGGGGCCGCCAUUUUGAAUGGUUCCCUGCCGCGCCGCAGGGAGCGCGGGGUCGCGGCCGGCCGCUGCCCGCCCUCGGCGGCGGCCGCCCCGCGGGGCUGCGGGGAGAGGGCCGGCCGGCGGGGGGGGGGGGCCGGGCGGGCUUUGCAGGUAACGGUCACAUGUAGCCCCACGGCCGGCUCCGAGGCGGAGUCGCCGGUGCCGACGGGACGCAGUGCGAGGGAGAACAAAUAAAGUGCAGAAGUGCCUCCGAAACGCCUCGUUUCUCCUUGUCCGGUUUCCCGCCCGGGGGGAGAGGCGGCGGAGUCGGUUUGGCCGGUGGGCGUAGGCUGGGCGGGCUGGCCGCCACCGGCUGCCGCCGUGCCGGGAGGUACAAUGGCAUCUCCCGCCGCCCCGGGGCUCCGCCGGCGCUGAACCUCUUCUGGCGGCGCAUCGGUGUGCGUUUGUGGCCGAACGCCGGCAGCUGCCCUCGGCUGCGGUGGCGCGACCGUAGUGCAUCCUACGGUGAAUCAGACAAACGGCUAGUAAAUUAAAGAUAAGCAAACAACAGCGAUGCACGUAAGCGUUUUGUCCGAGCUCCUGCGAAAUAAAUGGGCGUUAUCUAAAUAAAUCUGAGAAGUCCAGGUUAAUUUUAAAUCUUUUUGCUGUAACGCGGGGGAAUUACCCAUUUUAAUCUGAUAAACAUACUACCUAAAGGGA